UCCUGGCACCCUGUGUUCAUGUCAAUAGCAUUCUGCUUCUGCCUGAUGGAAGGCAUCCUGAUCUUCUCACCAGAGGGAUCCCUCUUCUGCUCCUGCUCCCACAGAGUGAAGGUGCAACUGCACUGGACCGUACAGACACUGGUGCUUGUGGCGGCAACCCUGGGCUUGGUCUUCAUUGCCUCUAGCAAGAACCGGAGCGAGCUCCCACACUUCACCUCCUGGCACAGUGUUCUGGGUCUUCUGACACUGUUGGCAACUGGUGGGCAGGCCUUGUGUGGCCUUUGCUUGCACUUCUCAGAGCGACUGGGGAUUUGGCCUGUGGCUCAGCUCCAACCGUGCCACACUGUGUCUGGACUGAUUGUUUAUCUGUUAGCCACUUUCACUGUGGUACUGGGCCUUUGUUCCGACUGGUUUCAAGCCCAGAUUAAAGGCUUUGCCUGGUAUUUCUGCCUGAGUUUGCCUUUCUGCCCAGCCCUGGUUAUUGUGAACCAGAUUACUAGAACUCGUUUGCCCAAGAGGAGACAGCAUGUUUGA